AUGAAAAAAAAAUCAAAACAUAGAUAUUUCAAUUUCGAACAAAUUCCCAAUUUUUUAAAACUCACAUUACUUUUUGUUGAUUUUUGUCUUCUGCUCGUUAGUGUUAAGAGUCAAACGAAAGAUACCUGCCAAUGUGUUCCCAUAGGCGAUAAUGAAGACGCCGGUUUUUAUUCAUUAACAAAUUCCACGUGUGUUUAUAAUGCAAACGUGUUUUGUUUUAAUAACACAUUUACAUUCAGUGGGACAAACGUUUAUUAUGAGAUUAUAACAAGUGGGACAUUUUCUAUAUAUCUUAGUGAUAACUCUAAAUUUACAACAACAAGUAAUUUGGUUAUUUCAGAGAACAGUCUUAUAUCAUUUAUGUUACCCUUUCAUAUCGGCAAUUCUAUAUCUAUUGACAACAACUCGUCUACAAUCAUUAACAACCAUUUUUCUAUUGCUGGAAAACUCUUAAUUUCAAAUCCAAAAUUAGACGCCCCACCUCUUGACUUGUGGGAUUCAAUGUAUCUUCAUUUAUACCACAAUUAUCCUGGUAGACUAGACUUUGAGAUAAAAAAUCCAAUCGGCAACAUUGAUUGUUUUGAUGUCAUUUCAAUGGCAAAUAACAAUUCCAUUAAUAUUAAUUCAAUUCCAAAUCAUAUUUCAUCAAACGAUUUUCCAUUUAAUUUUACAGAUGGGACUGCACAUUUAUUAUCCAAUAAAAGGCUCAUCAGAUUUUGUCCGACUGGGACAAUUAAAAAUACCACAGUGAAGUGCGUAUUAAACCAGUCUUUGUAUACAAACAAUUAUACAAACGGUUCUCCAUAUGGAUUUGAUUAUCCCCAUUGUCCAUGCGAUGACUCAUCAAUCGAUUGUCACUUAUAUUUAUCUGAGAAGUUAUCCGAAUACAAUUUUGACAGUAAGCAACUUGCGUAUACAACUUUACACAUCAACAAAAAUAUAAAAAUAACAAAUGCAAAAGUAAUCAAAACAGGGAUGAUGAGUGACGAUGUUGUACUCGAUUUAAAUGGCGAUUUUGCAUCGUCAAAACUUUCCUUUUCUGUUGGAAAUGUCGUUGUAAACCAAAUUACUAACACACAAAGUACCUUUCAGUUCAACUCAGCAACUCACCAAUUGGUGUGCACAAACGAUAUUACAAGUUAUAUAACAGUUAAGGAAGAAAUUGGUAAUAUCAUAAUCAAUUGCUCGGGUAUAAUCAACCCAAUUGAAUUGUCUGGUGACAAAUUUGUGUAUAUCACAAAAGAGGUUAGAAAAAUAGAAAAUAUUUUAAGUGGUUUUAUACUUCAUGAGAAACCACAUAUGAUGAUUAUAACUUUGGAAAGUGAAAACACUGUCUUUGGAACACCAAUAUUUAAUAAUUGUAUGAUUAUAACAUCAAUAUCUAAUGAAAAUAAAUGUUUAAAGUGCAAUUCCAAAACUCGAUUGUUGAAUGACAAAUGUGUUGACUUGGAUACAAAUUGUCAAAUAUACAAUGCAAACAAUCAGUGCUCAUUGUGUAAAAACGGAUAUCAACUCAAUGAAAAGUUAGAGUGUAUACAAUCAACAAAUAAUUGUUUAAUAGGAACAACAGAAAUUUGUUAUGAAUGUAAUACCAAUACAUUACUAUCAAAUGGAGAAUGCUACUCAAAUACGGAAUGUGAAUACAAUGAUGGCAACUUGUGUUUGAAAUGUCAUACAGGCGAUUAUUCGACACAAUGCGAGUCUUGUGACACAAAUUGUGAAUUGUGUGAAAAUGGGAAGUGUACACUUUGUAAACAAAAUUAUUUAUUAAAUGGAGAUAAUGUCUGUGAAAAAGACAAUAUCUCAAUUUCUCAAGGAAAUCACGUCAUAUCGUGUGUAGAUGGGUAUUACAUUGACAAUUCAUUGUGUUACAAAUGUUCUUCUAAAAAUGAGAAUUCUAUUAAAUGUAACAAAAUGUAUGAAUUACAAUGUGACACCAAUUACAGUCUUUCUGAAGAUGAAAUUUGUGAAACGACAAUUUGUGAUGAUGAAGAAGAAGUAAAAGACGAAAACGGGAAGUGCAGUUUUCUUGUCGAAGGUUGCACUAAAAUGAUCAACGAAAUUUGUGUUGAAUGCGACGAAGAUUUAUAUCCAAAUAUGGAUGGAGAAUGUGUUUCAACAAUGGACGAAGAAAUCGACAAUUGUUUAGUGAUGAACAACGUGGGUUGUUUAACGUGUGAUAUUGGAUAUUACACUGACGGUCAAAUAUGUUUUGAAUGUGAUGAAAACUGUACAUCAUGUGUAUCAACAUCAUCGCAAUGUAUUUCGUGUAAAAAUGGAUAUUACUUGGGUGAGAACAACAAGUGCAUUUCUAACGACGAGUUGAUUAAAAAAUGUGAUAAAGUUGCAAUAGUCACAAGUGGGUGUUAUCAAUGCAGAGACGGGUAUUACCGCGUUGGUCUUGACUGUAUUGAAUGUAUAUCAAAUUGCUCUACAUGUAACACAAAUUCGAAGUGUUUGACUUGCAAUUCUACAAAUUAUAAAACACAAGAUGGAGACUGUAUACCACAGAGUUCAUUAAUUGGGUGUCAACUAGAAGUGACACAAAAUGGGUGUUCAAAGUGUCAAAAUGGGUAUUUUACUGUUAAAACAAAUGAAUGUGCGAAGUGUGAUGAUAAUUGUAUGACUUGUAGUGUAUCAAAUACCAAAUGUACAUCAUGUCAUUCAAAUUAUAUUUUAAAUCAGAACAAACAGUGUAUAUCAAUGAAUAAAGUUUACAAAUGUGUUAAAGUAGCGAAUUCCAAAUGCUCCAAAUGUACAUUCUGGCAUGUUCCAAGUGAGAGUGGCACAUUUUGCAAUACAAAAGCGGUGUGGUGGUUCAUUUUAAUUAUUAUAAUAUUUGUUCUGGUUAUCAUAACAAUGUUUGUUGUAUGUAUUUACAUUAUUCUUAUCAAAAUACAAAAAAAUCGCCACAAAAAAAUAAUAGAAAAAACGACCACCGUAUUUUCAAUGUCCAAAUCGAAUAUUCAUUUUAUUUCUCUCAAUGAUGGCAUAGCUGUGAAUAAAAAGGAAAUUGUUUUUAAUGAUGGAGAUGAGGUGAAUGUCAAUAAGAAACUACGUGAGCUUAUAUGUGUAGGCAACACCACAAAACACAACAUGAAAAUUCAAAUUCUGACGAAUACAAGUCAAAAUGAGAAGUUUGAUAUUAUUUCAAAUCCGCAAUUAAUUGUUUUAGGCAAAGGUGAAGCCUGUGAAUUUGAAAUAUUUGUGACUUUGUUUUGUACUUCAAAAAUUCAAAGUUCUUUUCUUCUUGUUGCAACUGCAUUUGACACACAAAGAAUAAUAUACAAAGAAAUUAAUUUUAGUCUAACAGCUCAACUGUCUACACGACUUGAUCCAGACGAAUUAAAAGAAGACAAGAAACUUGGCGAAGGGUCCUUCGGUGUUGUGUACAAAGGGACUUUACGAGGCAAUCUUGUUGCUAUUAAAAAGAUGAAAACAUUCAAUGAAAACAAGUCGCAACUCAAUGAAUUUGAAAAUGAAGUUGAUAUGUUGGACAAAUUCCGCAGUGAGUAUAUUGUCCAUUUCUAUGGCGCCGUAUUUAUACCAAACAAGAUUUGCAUGGUCACCGAAUUCGCUCAAUUUGGCAGUUUACAGAAUUUAAUUGAAAAUAAAAAUAAAGAACAUAUUGAUAUGCAACUUCGUGUUAAAUUUAUGAGAGAUGGAGCAAAAGGAAUUUUAUAUUUACAUGAAAAUGGGAUAUUACAUAGAGAUAUAAAACCAGACAAUUUACUUGUUUUUUCACUUGAUUUCAAUGAAAGAGUGAAUGCAAAAUUGACUGAUUUUGGGAGUGCUAGAAAUGUGAAUUUGUUGAUGACUAACAUGACUUUCACUAAGGGUAUUGGAACACCAAAGUAUAUGGCGCCAGAAAUAUUGGAGAGAAAUAAAUAUAAGAAACCUGCUGAUAUAUAUUCGUUUGCUAUUACUAUGUUGUCAUGUUUUGCUUGGGAUAACCCAUUCCCGAAAACAAUAUAUCCGUUUGCGUGGUCUAUUGCUGAUGAAAUCUCAGUUGGUAAAAGACCAAGAUUGGUGAAUUUACUGGAUAAACAGUAUCAAGUAGUUAUUGAAAAUGCGUGGAAACAAGAGCCCAAAGAACGUAGUGAAAUAUUUGUAAUCAUCAAACAACUCGAAUCGUUGUAA